ACGACAAAACCAACAUAAUGGGUUUGCGACCAGCAUGGAUCAAGACCAGCCUGCGCAUCCGCGCAUCGCUUACAAACCCUAUUACAAGUAGGGAAACUGAUAGCGAACAGCAUGGAUCCUGAUCAGACUGCGCGGAUGCUGGUCGCAAACACACUAUGUUUGUUUUGUCGUGACGCGGCUCAUAUGUUAUUGGUAAUUGACAUAUUUUUCAAAUGCUUCGCUUUAAGUAACAACUCAGCAACUUAGUAUAAAGACUAAUAAUGCCGCCCAAGGUAUUCCAAAUGUUUGAAAUUAUCCCGUUGUUAACGAGUAUUCGGUGAUGUUUGGAUUUAACGGUAGGCAUAAACAUGCAAAGUUGUGACGUCACAGUAGAAGUUGACGCUUCUCAUUAACAACGUCAUAUUGCGUCCGGAAGAUAAAACCAGCUGUUAAUAAAUCAUUAAAACAUGGAACAUUAAUGGCUAGUGAAAAUCGAGGCUGUUUUGUUUGGCUCAUAAGUUUAAAGAAGUCUUGCAACGAAAGGUUUGCAAGAUUUCGAAACCGCAUGCGCCAAAGAUACUAUGCAAGAAAAGGAAAGACUCUUGACCCAGAAACCCUGUUAAAUGAAACAGGUACUGCCGACAUGGUCGUCUGUAAGAUUGCCAGCAAGUCAACCAAAGUCGUUCCUCAAAACAUGUCAUCAAAGAAUGACGAGGCUGUUGAUUCUAAAAUUAGAACAGUGACAGGGACCGCAGCAGACGAUGAGAGCAUGGCAGACGACAUUCUUGUUGAAGAAUUUGUGACACGCAUCAUUAACAAGGCAGCCGACACUCUGAGACAGGAGUUGUCUAGCAACACAACGACCGUAACCGUGAAGCCAGCAGGCGACAACAUUUCAUUGUCCUCCAGUAUCAUCAGCCAAAUUGCUGAUAUGGCUGUUACGGAGAGCUUGACAAAUAUUAUGACAGAUGCUGACAUCAACCAAUCUGCUAUAAGAGCUCCUAGAACUGUCAAAGAAUUCAAGGAAGCAUUUGGUAUAACCGGAUAUGACGCCAUUGAUGACGGUCUUCCACCUGUGAGCGUGUAAG